AGCUCUUUUCCGUGAUUAAAACGGCAGGUCGGUUGCGACAAUAUAUUAUUAGGCCCCUAGUCCAUCACUUCUUUAACUUUUCAAUUGAAAAGGGCGCGAAAAUUCAACCAUUUAAAUAAAAAUAAAAAUCCCCAAAUUAAACUCAUCAAACCCUAGAAAAUUCUCCCCCGUCUCUCUUUCUCUGUCUCUCUCCCAAAUGGAUAAUAACGGUCCUUUUGCUUCAAUAGCAGAGCUUUGCCACAUCUCUUCCUCUCAAGAAGAACUAUUAAAACGCUGCCGCUUCGCAGGCGAACCAGAGACGGAUGAGUCCCUUUCCGACGAGUCCGGAGAAAAUGACGAUACUACCCCUGUGGAGUCCACCGGAAUCAUGAUGAUUUCACCUCCGGAAUCUCCGGAGGAGGAAGAGGAGGAAGAUCACGAGAAUAUCCCUCGCGAUAACGAUGUAUUUCAUACUCCGCCAGAAGAGUCCACCUUGGCAACCUCCCAGGAACAUGAACUUCAUCAGAGGGUCGAUAGUCACGAAGACCGGAUGGUCCUGGGAGAUGAAAAAAUUGAGGCUAGUUUGACGGAUAAUGAUUCCACAGCUGUUGAUUUGGGAAGGGAUACGGAUUUAGGGUUUUCUACAGAGGUGGAAUUGACGGAGAGGAUUGAAGUCGAUUCAGGCACUGAUGUUAAUAGCAUUCUUGAAGGUGAGGACUUUAGGGUGUUGAAACGAGAAUUAGACUCAAGUAAUGGUUUAUGUGGGUCGUUUUCAGGUAAAAGAGUUAAAAUAGUAGAUAUAAAUUUAGAAAGAAUAGUCAAAUCUAUUGAGAAAUUGAGGUCUCCAUCAAAAAUAUCAAAACUGGUUUAUCAAAAUUUGGUAUUAGAGACAGUUGAAGCAGAGAAUUUGGGGAAAUCUGUUGAAAAUUCGAGUCCAAGCAACUCACCGAACAAUCACCAAAUUCAGCAAGUUAAUGGUGGUGAUAAUAGGGAGUUCAAUGGGGAUAGCUCUGCAAAGAGAAAGCUUGAGUUUUGUGCUUAUGGAGUAGUAGAAUCUGAAAUGGGAGAAAAUAGUGUAGGUUUAGGGUUUAAUAAAGGUAGAAUAGAAGAUGGGACUGAAGAGAUUGAAGAUGAUGAUAGUGAGAGAUGUUUGGAUGCAAGUUCUGCUGAAAAGCGGAAAGAAAGGGAAGCAAAGAGCAUUGAUGAUAUUGACAAGUUUAGAUAUGUUCCUCCUACGAAUGCAAAUUCUCUAGAAAAGCAGAAAUGUGUUGGAGCAAAGCGUGCAUUGCCAAUGUCAAUGUGUGUAAACAAUGGCUGUGCAGAAUCAGAAGUGGUGCCUGAUGGCGUUCCAUCUCCAAAAUCAUAUGAGGAGGUUGUAUUCACACUCUUGGAGGUGCUCAAAAUGCUUUCUGACGGGCAUGACUGUGAUCCUGCUCUGGAACAUUUAAGCAUAGUGGAGGUUGCAAAGAUGCGUGGGAUGACUUUUCCUUAGGCCUUGUUUGGAAAAAGAGUGGGAGAUGAUGAAGGAAGGAGGUAUAUUCCAGGUGGAAACUGCUUCUCUAGGGGUUUUAGCAUGCUGGGUUUUGUGUAAAUCUUAAGCGUGCUUAAGUUUUGCAGUUUGCAGCUUCUAUAGUUUGGUCUCUGAUGAGGCCAUUUCUAUCUGCAAACUAGAAAUCUUUUUAGUGCUUUUAUGUAUUGAAUGUUACGAGAUAUUUCUAUGGCUUUUGAAGUUGGUUGUUGGUGGUACAGAAAAAGAAAUGUUUUCCAGCACAGAAAGCGGUUAAUAUGUCAUGUUUAUAGCUUUAUGUUGCAGUCACUUUUGUUCCUCAAAAUGGGCUCUUUGCAAUUCAUUUCCUUUCCUUUU